AUGGCUUCCUUGUCAGCCACUUCUCUGAGCUUCAAAGCUCCCUCCAUACAAUCAACCAGAAUCUCUCAGGUGUUAAGGAAACCCUCAAGUUUUCAGUCUAUCUCCUUUGGUCGUUUCCAGUCUUCAAAGAGCCUUCGUCUUCAAAUCAGUUGUGCAGCAAAACCAGAGACAGUGCAGAAAGUGAGUGACAUUGUAAAGGAACAGUUGGCUUUGUCCGCUGACACUCCGCUCACUGCUGAGUCCAAGUUCUCUGCUCUUGGCGCUGAUUCUCUUGACACCGUGGAGAUAGUGAUGGCAUUGGAGGAGAAGUUUAACAUAAGUGUGGAGGAAACUGAUGCUCAGAACAUCACGACGAUUCAAGAGGCGGCUGAUUUGAUUGAGGAUCUUGUUCAGAAGAAACCUGCGGCUUAAACUCUCCCGGUUUAACACAAACCGGCUGUCUUUUUUUCUCUUUUCCUUCUUCUGACCUUUCUUGGUUUCUGAGCAUUUUAUUUUGAUAUUAUAUUAGACCGUGUGUUAUUUUUUCUUCUUCUUCUUCUGGAAGUUAAGAUUUGACGUUGACGAUGAGAAAACUUUGUUUGGUACGUUGAGAUUGAUUCAUUUACCGUGAUUGGUCUUAUAUGACGACGAAUAUAUAAUAUGACAUUGCUUUGUU